AUCAGAUACAACCAAGUCUCUCGUCCCCUGCAAGUCAUGAGCAGGCUGGGAGUUAUAACAGGGUUGGGCAAUGUCAAAAGUUUCAAGAGUACCAACACUACCGCUACAGCUACAGCUUUCUGUGGGUCUGUCCCGAUGACGCCUAAAACCCUCUCACUCAGGUUGAAUGGUAUAAGAUACAAUACAAACCUUUGUACUUCUGCUGAAUAUAUCUGGAGAGAUUCAAACAAAGGCAGCUUCACAUCGAGCAUCAGGCCACAAUCCGGAGGAAGUAUCAGAUAUCACACCACUUCCACCACCGCACAACCCGGGGGAAAGUUCGUCAGAGAAGAAAAUGAAGAUUUCUCAGUUGCUUGGAAAAGAAAUCUGGAUGAAGCAAGGGAAUGGAGAAAAAAACAAAGUAUCAUCAAAUCUUCUUUACCUCUUUUCCUUCCUUCACCUUUUUCUCAAUCUCAACAAAGUAAAAAAUCACCAACUCAAACUACUCUCUCUACACUCUUAGCUUCCGGUGCGGCAUUAGGUCAUUCACCAAAAUACCAAAACCGUUCUUUCACUCCAUACAUUUACGGAACUCGUUCUAAUUUAUCCAUUAUCGAUCUUGAUCAGACACUUCCUAUUCUACGUCGAACAGCUGCUAUGGUGAGGGAUGUGGUAAGAUCCGAUGGGAUCGUCUUGUUUGUAGGUACUAAAAAAGGACAUGAGGGGAUUAUAAGGAAAUCAGUUGAAAGAUUAGGUGAUAAUGGUUUUGGUACUAAUGAAUGGGUAUCGGGUGUUUUGACAAAUGCUGAGACUGUAUUCGGUAUCAAACCUAUAGAAAAUAAAUCUUAUCUUCCAGAUUUGGUAUUUUUCUUAAACCCUUCUGAAAACUUGGGUGGUAUAAAAGAAUGUACCAUAAGGAAUGUCCCAACUAUUGGUAUCGUAGAUACCGAUACGGAUCCUAGGAUCGUCACAUAUCCUAUUCCUGCGAAUAUGGAAUCACUCCGUACCGCUGAACUCAUAGCGGGAACCUUGAGUCUUGCAGGACAAGAAGGUCGUCGAUUACGUUUGAUCCAAAUUGAGAGAAAAGGUAGAAAGGGGAGAUGAGAGGAUAUGUAUUCGAGUCAUUCCUGGUUUGAACCAUGUGAUCAUAUUCAAUCUGUUCAG